CUCCGUGACUUCCUGACCUAUCCGAGGACGCGCAUUUCAACCUUCGGCCUCUCACUGCGCAGCCCUCCCUACUCUGACAUCCGCCAUCGCACAACACCGAAGUUCAUUGAGUUGGGCUGCUGUAGCGGUUUCCACCUCAACACGCCUAACGGCUUGACGUAGCUCAUCACUUGGAAGGCAGGAUUGAAAGGCAAGAAGAAGGAUGGCGCGCCUGCCCGCUGCCAAACAUUCGCCGCCAGUAUGCGAGACCGACGAAGCGUCAGGCCAUGGUCAGACGGCCACUGCUGAGCAGCAGCGGUCACAGGGCUCAUCUGCCUUGCACGCGGACCGCCUGACAAGCUCGAGCCUGGACAAGGGCAAGGCGAGAGAGGUGGAUGACACGCACACGAGUGCAAAAGGGAAACGAGCAUUGGAUAAGCAAAGCUUGGACUAUGUCCUGCGCAGUGGUGUGGCAGGUGGUGUGGCAGGGUGUGUGGCCAAGACAGCGAUCGCUCCCCUGGAUCGGGUCAAAAUCCUCUUCCAAGCACAAAAUCCAGAGUUCCAGAAGUAUAGCGGUAAAUGGACCGGAGUGUUCACAGCUGCAGGUUCUAUUGUCAGAGAUCAAGGACCCACAGCGCUCUUUCAAGGUCAUUCUGCUACACUGCUGAGGAUAUUUCCCUACGCUGCUAUCAAGUACAUGGCGUAUGACAGGAUGCACUUUCUUCUGAUGCCAACGCCCGAGCAGGAGACAUCGGCUCGCCUAUUCCUUGCAGGCUCCACCUCAGGGGUGUUGUCUGUCUUCUUGACGUAUCCGCUCGAAUUGAUACGGGUGCGGUUAGCAUUCGAGACGAAGAGGAAGAAAAGUUCAGGGUCGCUCAUGCGCAUAGUGCGAAAGAUCUACACCGAGGGGAGCACCGAGGCGCCUUUCUCAGGAGACGCGCGUCGAAGAGCUGGCCGGCCUGGAGCUGCUGUUACGAGCUCGUCAGCAGCAGCGGGAGCUGCGAAUGUCGCUGCUGGUACAUCGGCGCACGCAGCAGCGUCGGCUGGCUUGACCACCAGUGCUGUUCAAUCACGAGCCAUUGCAGCCGGAGCAACGGCUGCAUCGCCAGUGCCACCAGCCCCACCGACACCGACAGUGAAAGCAGGAGCAGCUAUGUUAGCACGCAUGCCACUCUUGAAGUUCUAUCGAGGCUUUAGCGUUACAGUGCUCGGAAUGGUCCCAUAUGCAGGAACAUCUUUCCUAGUCUUUGGGCGGUGUAAAACGCUGCUUCAAGGCGCAUUCCCACAAGAAUCUCCGAACGAGUCGUCAUCAUUGAGAGCGAGAAGAAAAUGGUGGUGGCCUUCCAAGACGAUGGUGGAUCUUAGCGCUGGAGCGCUGGCAGGCGCAAUCAGUCAGACCGCUGCGUAUCCCUUUGAGGUGAUCCGGAGGAGACAGCAGGUCGGAGGAAUCAUAAGGCCGGGCGCCAUGCUGGGAAUGGGGGAGACCGCCCUGUGGAUCUGGAAAACUUCGGGAUGGAGAGGAUUCUACGUGGGCCUUAGCAUCGGCUUCCUCAAGGUGGUUCCCAUGACCAGUAUAUCCUUCGCGACGUGGCUCAGCAUCAAGCGCUUAAUGGGCAUUUGAGAUCUCACUUGCCCUGUCGGCCUUUGCACAUGUCUGCUGAUCCAAGCCAAGCUGGUGGCUUCUUCCACCGCGACCUGCAAGGCGGCAUCAGCAACCACGCGAUUCGUCAGCGCACCUGCUCGGAACGCUAGCAUACUCGCAUACUUUUGAUAGAUAUAAGAGCCGAUCUAGGCCAAGACGGCCGCACCAAACUCUUGGCGGGCGAGUCGACCAUUGCACAUACCUCAAGACACAGUCUCACGCUGGAGUAGCAUUGAUAAUGGUAUAGCAAUUUGCACAGGCGACCCUCCAGAGGCACUAGUCGCAC